AUGAAUGCUAGCAAUCGGAGCACUUUCUUGCCGUUGAUCCUAUUCACAUGUUCACUCAUGAGUAUAGCGUGGGCGCAACAACAGGAUCCAAUGACCAUGAAUGGAGGAUCCCUUUUGGCUAUGGCUGGCAAAGAUUGCGUUGCCAUAGCUCUCGACAAGCGUUUUGGAAGUGGACCACAGAUGGUCAAUAUUGCUCCACGACUUGCUUGGACGCCCAACCCGCAACUGAUGGUAGCCUUUGUCGGCUUGGAAGGGGACGUCCAGUCUUUAUCGCAAGACUUGCAGACUCAAGUCCGCGCCAAAUUGAAUCGAGCCUUGGGAUUUUCCACGUCCCUCCAAGAAGAUAGUCGGCGUCGGUACAUUUCCCCAAAGGCCUUGGCGUCCAUUACCAGUCACAUGCUCCAUAGAAAUCGAGGUAGAUACUAUGUAGAACCUGUGAUUGCUGGACUAUCCACAUCGUCAUCGCCAUCUGCACCCUGUAAGCCAUUUCUUUGUGCCAUGGACAUGAUUGGUGCCAAAUCCACGAGUCAAUCCUUUGUCUGCUCGGGUGCUGCGUCUAAGUCUCUCUAUGGAACUGCCGAAGCCCUGUGGAAACCAGAUAUGGACAAGGAUCAACUUUUGAGGGCUUGUGGAGAAGCCUUUCAGAGCGCAUUGGAGCGAGACUGUCUCAGUGGAUAUGGAAGUCUGGUGUAUCUCAUUACUAAGGAUGGAAUCACUGAAUAUGAUUUGGCGCAUCGGAAUGAUUAG